AUGACUAGCCGACAUGAUAUCCCAAUCAUUGAUUUCUCUCUGUUUGAAACAAAGAAAGUGACUUGCGCACAACAGAUUAAAGAGGCGAGUGUCUCGAUUGGUUUCCUUUACCUCCGGAAUCAUGGAAUUGAUCAAUCCGAUAUCGAUAACAUAUUUGUCGUUUCCCAAGAAUAUUUUUCACUCCCGACAGAGACAAAGCUUGAACACAGGAUCAAAAGAGAUAACUUUGGUUAUUCUGCACUUCAUCAGGAAACUCUGGACCCGGAAACACAAAACACUGGCGAUUUUAAAGAAGCGUUUAAUUUUGGCAAGUUCGUAGGUGGAAACUGUUCACAAGAAUUGCCAGCAACUUUAGCGCAGCAUAAAGAUUUUCUGGCAAAGUUUUCAAGGAUAUGUCAUAACCUAUGUUUGAAGAUAUUGGAAGCAUUUGCAAUCGCUUUAGAAAUACCAGAGACGGAAGGAGGAAAGGGCUGGUUCACAGAGCGACAUUUAUAUGAACUUGAAUCGGGUGACAUAUUGCGAGUGUUGCACUAUCCCGCUGUAAAGAGCAUCGACCAUGAUGACAUGCGUGCUGGCAGUCAUUCCGACUACGGCUCGUUGACGCUUCUCUUUCAAAAAGAUGUUGGUGGUUUGGAAGUAUUAUCUGGUGACGAUCAAUGGAUAUCUGCUCCAGUGAUACCGGGAUGUGUGCUUGUAAAUAUAGGCGAUCUGUUAGAAUAUUGGAGUGGAGGAUUGUUUCGAUCAACAAAGCAUCGCGUGGUUUUUCGUCAUGAUAACCUCUUGUUGGAUCGAUAUAGUGUUGCGUACUUUUGUCACGCGGCAGAUGAUGUUUCGCUGGAACCGAUACCCAGUAGACUAGUGGUUGGUAGAAUGGAAGUAAAUUCGAGUGAUGGUCGCGUACUUACCGCUGGACAGCAUUUACGAAAUAGGCUGGACGCUUCAUAUAAGUAUUAA